AGAAACGCAAUGGCGUGCAACAGGGACAGAAAUAGCUGUUAUUUCUACCAUUCCGCCGUUACGUGGCGCUAGCGUUUCAGUGACCAUGUGUGGAGUGUAGUAAUGUAAUUAUUUGUGAAGUUAUGAAUACAAGAGCUGAUUAAUAUAAAUUUUUCAUCUUCGUUUUAUACAAAAAGCAUCAUCGUCGAUCAGUCAUUUAUAUCUAGUCAGAUCAUCAACUGCUGCGCCAAUUCGCAUCCUAACCUCUUUCAGAAUUGUAACAACAUCUCGUUAAACGAUACUGUUGUGAAUACUUGCAAAUAUGACGUCGAUCUUGAAAACAUUCAACGGAUAUCAACUGUUCAGUAAACACUUAAAACAAAGCCUUGACAUGAUAGCUGUCCCUGUUCGCGGUAGACAAAACCCACCGCCAAGGAAACGUCAUCCAGAGUGGCUUCCGAAACCAACACGCGUACGAUAUAAUGAAGACCUUACCCCAGAAAAUAAAGAAUUCCUGUCAGAAGUUGCAUCGCUCAAUAAAGGAUUGCACAAAAUGCCUAAAUCUCCGUUAAGUACGGAACUUAUUCAGCCAACAGCAUGGACACAAGGAUCAAAACGCACCGGUUUAAUUGGAAAAAAAAUAGGGGUAUAUCCGUUGUGGUUGAAAAAUGGAAAAAAAGUACUGACCACCCUGAUACAGAUUAUAGACAACGAAGUUGUAAAAUAUAUACCACCAGAAGAAUUUAAUCCAGUUAAACAUUCUAAACACCUUCAUCCUAAAGUCAAAAAUGGUUGUCUAGUAUUAGGUGCAGUAAAUAUUGAUCCACAACUUAUUACUAAGGAAUAUUAUGGGAUAUUCAAUUCAGCUGGAGUUACACCGAAAAAGUCACUAAUGAGGUUUGUAAUUACACCGAAUGCUGCUCUUCAAUCAGGAACUCCUUUAUGUGCAGCUCAUUUUAAACCAGGAGAAUUUAUUGAUAUUCGAGGAAAAACGAUAGAUCGUGGUUUUCAAGGUGUAAUGAAAAGGUGGGGCUUUAAAGGUAUGCCUGCGUCUCACGGUGUAACUAAAACUCAUAGAAGACCAGGUAAUAUAGGUUCAGGAGGAGCAAAGGCCAGGGUAAUGCCAGGUACUAAACUGCCUGGACACAUGGGAAAUCGUUGGCGUAUUCUCAAAGGUGUAAAGAUACUACGAAUAAACACUAAAUAUAAUGUAAUUUGGGUAUUAGCUCAAAACGUACCAGGAGAGGUAAAUACCAUGUGUUAUUUGUACGAUACGAUUUUACCCACUAAAAAAAAUACUUCGCCACAUUUCCCUACAUAUCCACCAAAUGACAUAAAUGCACUUCCUGAAGAACUUUACGCGGAUGACGUUCACCCAUUUACUGAACCCAAUAUUGAAUAUCAAUCAGAACAAGAAUCUUAAUUGUAAUAGAUAAAACGUAGUACAUAAAACAAAUUCUUAAUAAGAGAACACGUUUUAUGAAAAUAUAAA